AUGAUGGAUUGAUUCCCUUUCCCAGUAAUUGAUGGAAAAAUUCUACUCACCUCCUUCAUCGGCAAAGGAGGUUUUUCAAAGGUCUUUAAAGCAGAGACUUGCGACUCAGAAUUUGCUGUCAAGAUUAUAAGAAAAGAUAAGAAAUUUGAGCGUAAAAAGGAGAUGAAUCUAAUGUUUCACGAAGCCUCCAUUCUGAACCAUAUCCCGAAGCAUCCUAAUGUUGUGGAUUUUAUUGGAGCUAACAUUGAAGGAAUUCAGGAUUACCAAGGAGCAGAAAAUGAGAUUUCUUAUAUCGCUCUUGAAUUUUGUUCAAACGGCCCACUUACUAGCUUCUUGAAGAAACAAUUAGGGAAACUGUCUUUGGAAGCAUGAAGAUUCUAUUUUACACAAAUUGUCAGUGUGAUCCAUCACUUGCAUUCAAGAAACAUUGUUCAUCUUGAUAUAAAGCCAGAUAAUAUUUUGCUGGACUCGAACUAUAACGCAAAGUUAACUGAUUUUGGAAUUGCUCAGUUAAUGACCACAAGUGAUGGUCGUUUAAAAGCUUCUCUUGGAACUAAAAAUUAUAUGGCUCCUGAAGUUUUAUCAAGAGAGAGCGAUACACCUUACUGCCCAUUUAAAGCAGACGUCUAUUCGUUAGGUGUCUUACUACAUAUUUUGCUAACAGGUGAGAGGCCAAGUAAAGAGGCCUCAUUAUUUUCAGAACCAAGCACUAUCUCUGAAGUUGCUACAGGAGGGUCACCAUCUUGGAUGCAAUACCAAAAAUUUGAAUCCUCCCAAGAAUCACUGGAUAUGGAUGACACUUAUGGUCCAUUCAACCUUUUAGUGUCUUUGCUCUCAGAAGAUCCUGAUAAGAGGCCAACUAUCAAUGAAGUCAUGGAACAUCCUUGGCUCACAAUGGAGAUGGAUGAGGAUGAUACCACUGGUGUUUAUCAAGAAAUGGACUUUAGAAGUUCUCUUCUGAAAUCCUCAGAACACUUUUUGAAUUAG